AUACGUAAUUAUCAAGAACUCUGCCCUAACAGCAAACAGUACUAUACUAUGAUGCAGUUAUAAUUAGGCAUCAAGAAUGAACUCUUGGUGGCAUUUAAACUGUAAACGUGUACUAAUCAAAUUUGACUGAUCUCAUUGUGCUGCAUGUAAUCUACUCACAACUAUGACACAAGCAACUUUACAGUGCAAGUUGGAGGGACACACCAGUGACAUUAACUGUUGCGCUUGGUCACCGAUCACAUGGUCCACCCUAACCUCUUGUAGUGGGGACAGAACACUCAGAGUAUGGGAUAUUUCAUCUGAGCCCCCAAAAACACUUUCCGUAGUGCCUGCGUCAAAGUAUUAUGUGAAUGCUUGUGCAUACAAUCCCUCAGGCGAUUUACUAGCGACAGCUUCGUCUGGUGACGAAGGAAUUGUAAAGUUGUGGUCUACUGCUUCGUGGACUGUGGUCGGGACGUUCACCCCUCACAAUGAUUCUGCGAGAUGGUGUACCUUUUCUCCUGAUGGAAACCUCCUAGCAACAGCUUCUGAUGACACCAACGUAUGUGUGUUUGAGGUGGGAUCUCUCAAGCAACUAUCAACACUCACAAGGAACUCAGAGAGAGUCAACUGCUGUCUGUUUGCACCUGCUGGAUGGCUAUUGGUAACUGGCUCCAGCUCAGGGGAACUCAUGCUCUUCAACGUCUACAGCACCGAACUACUGAAGCGUCAAAUGGGCAUUCACAAUAUGGGUGUGACAGCACUAGCCCUGGAUCCCACCUCCCUCUUGACGGCCGAAGGGGGUGGGGCAGUGGGUGGAGCGUUUCAGCAGUUCAAGAUAGCGUCUGCAGGGAAUGAUUCUGUUGUUAAGCUAUGGACGGUUAAAUGCAAUGGAAAUGUGCCCAAUAGCACAGAGAGUGUCAGCUUAUCUCUGGACGGCUCGUUGGAGGGUCACAGUGCCGCAGUGUACAGCUGCUCCUAUCACCCCACUCGUAGACUAUUGGCAUCAGGAUCAGCCGAUAAGUCUGUUCUUCUCUGGAAUCUGGACACUAAAGAGAAAGUUCAAAAAUUGAUGGCCCAUAGUCGCUACGUCAUUCACGUCAGCUUCUCUCCUAAUGGUAACCAUCUUGUGUCCGCAUCCAACGAUAAGACUAUCUCUCUGUGGAGGAUGAAGAGCAGUGGAAUGGAGGAGUGUGAUGAUGAGGUUGUUGCCAGCUCAUCUAACAGUAACGCAUUAGCCGGUAUGGAGCAGCAAAGUUUGUUGUCUGAUGUGUCAUGGUCUAUGAGCGAUGUCAUUGGUUGGCUGGAAUUUGUCACAAAGCGGCAGAGCACUGUGGAACAGUCUCAUCCAGAUGACCUUAGAGCAGUUGAGAGGCUGGCUGUGGCAAUACAGCAAGUGAGUGCUGUUGCGGAUAAGCAUGGUGCAGGUACUGAAGAUCUAAAGUGUCCUAUCACGUGCGAGCUAAUGAGAGAUCCUGUGUUAGCUGCAGAUGGCUACAGCUAUGAACGCACUGCUAUCACAGCCUGGUUCAGUAAGGGGAGGAGAACCAGUCCGGUCACCAACCUACCACUCACCAACACUCUCCUACUCCCUAACAGGGCUCUCAAGACUAUCAUAGAGAAAAACAAGAGACAAACUGGAACUUAGCAUAAUUAUAUACCCAUUAAUAAUAAUGAAUGUUUAGGGUGUACUCUGUGCUAUUUGUGUGUGUCCAUAAUUAUUGUUUUUUAUAUAAUUUAUAUAAUUAUAAUUAUGUGCAUUCAGGAUUAAAAAGAUAAAAAGCA